CCAACACCUGAUACCCUAGAGACGGUUAAUGACAGUGGCAGGGAAAGCAUAAAAACCGCAGUUGAAAAAUCUUUAAAGCUCAUUCAAAAUGUGUCGGUUACAACUAUUGUUGUUCACUUUGGUGCUCCUGAGUUCUGGCAGUGAUGGCAGCUAUCGUCACCUCCUGUUUCACUUGCAUAAAGAACUUAACUUUGAGUUUGCCGUCUUGAUGGGAAACCCUGAUCCAAUUUGGCACAAGAUUUUAUGGAAUAUGCCAGUUCCAAUUAUUCAGAUUAAUGAAGAGUCCAUGGAUAAGUACAAUUUGGGAUUUUAUCAUUCUAAGAACUUUGUAACCAUAGUUUUCGUAAAUGAAUCUCCAAAAGAAAUAUUGGAGCUCCUUAACUUAAAUCUAGGUUUGCUUAACACUCUGCCAGUGAUUUUGGUUUUGGAAAAGGAGAAUAUACAAAUGUAUCCGCUUCUGGAAUGGUGUUGGCAUCAUCAACAGCUCAAUGUAAUUGCCAUAGGAAGGGAUUUUGAGGACUCUCGGAUUAUCUACAGCUACUCACCCUUUCCCAUAUUUCAGUUAAUUGAACGACGUUUGGAGAAUAGAACACUGAUUUUUAAGUCACGUUUAAAGGAUCUCCAAGGUUAUCCUGUGCCAAUUGCCUUGGGUGGAUCUUCGCCACGCCUAAUUGUCUACCGUGGCUCAGAGGGUCAACUGAUUUUUUCGGGUCCUGUGGGAAACUUGAUGAUGUGCUUCGAACAGCGUUACAAUUGUAAAUUAGAGCAGCCGUAUCCCUUUGAUGAGUCUUCAAUUCAACCGGCUCGACAACUGAUUGGAGCCGUGCGAAAUGGCAGUGUGCAAUUUGCUCUGGCAGCAUAUUAUCCCCAGCGUCCGUUUUCUGGUUACACUUAUCCCAUUGAGCUGUUGAGCUGGUGUCUGAUGAUGCCAGUGCCAUCGGAGGUUCCUCACAGCCAGUUUUAUUCCAUAGUAUUCGAUCCUCUGACAUUUUGGCUAACUCUCUUCGUAAUUGUGGUGAUUUCCCUAACCUUAUCUUUGGCCCUGCGACUACAUGGUUAUAGAGUUAGCUUGACGGAGCACUUUUUGCACAACACCUGCCUUAGGGGAGUUCUGGGUCAGCCCUUCUACGAGGUCCUGCGAACUCCUGCCCUGGUGCGAGGCAUUUACAUGGUCAUAUGUGUACUGGGCAUCCUUAUUACCGCUUGGUACAACUCCUAUUUCUCCACAUUUGUGACCAGUGCCCCAAAACUUCCGCCAUUCACCAGCUACGAGAGCAUAGAGCAGUCAAAUGUCGAGGUUGUUAUUUGGAAACCAGAAUACGAGAAACUGAUUCAAGAGUCCGAGAACAUGAGGAAGUACUCCACCAUUUUUAGAAUUAAAUCGGACUAUCAGGAAUUUCUGGAGCUUCGUGAUUCCUUGGAUAAUAGAUACGGAUACAUGAUGCCAUUGGAGAAGUGGUCACUGAUCAAGGAGCAACAGAAGGUCUUCAGUUCACCGCUGUUUACCUUGCGGGAGGAUCUCUGUGUCUUUCACACCGUUCCCAUUGUAUUUCCCAUUGCGGAGAACUCGAUAUUCAAGGAGCCCCUCGAUCGUCUCAUCUUGGAUGUGCAGGACACGGGUCUUUUGGCGCACUGGCGGGACAUUGCCCUCACGGAAAUGAUCAAAGCUGGCCAACUGAAACUUGUCGAUCUGAGCAGGCCAAAAGAGUUUCGGCCCAUGAAACUGGAGGAUUUGGAGCAGGUGUGGUUAGCUGGGGGAAUAAUGCUGGGACUGGCUACUUUGGUGUUUAUCUGGGAGAUCAUUUGGUUUUGGCGAUAUAAGUUGCUAAAGAUAAUGACAGGAAUUGUGUUGUUCAGAAAUGUGUGA